GUCUUUUUCAUUCAUACCGAAAGGCUUACCGGUAGGUAGAUAGACAGUUGAUGCAAUAACGAUUGCCCUUGUACGGUACUCCCGAUAAAUUGCUGUUAGUACCGUUUGAUACCGGUACGAUGGGGGGUUCGUUCUUAUCGGACUUGUGAUUCAAAAAAACAAUUGUUUUGUUUCAUAACUCCCUCAUACUCGAACGCAACCUCUUACCAUUGCUGUUGUCUUAAAGCAAUUGAACAAUACAUACACGAAAGGGGAACACUUCAGCGAGGCGGAGGACGGUUAUGAAAAUACCUCGAGUGUGAGAAGGGCUCUCAACUACUGCACAAACAUUUAUGACCGACGGACGCAACAUAAUAGGAUAAUACGAAAGAGAUGAAUCGUAACGAGUAUAAAAAUCGACAAGCCCUGUUUUCUAGGAAGACGAAGAAAACCAAAAGCAGCAGCACCGCUUCGGAAGCUCAGAGAAUACAAAAGUCCUUAUUGAAAACGCAGAACUUGCUCAAGAACGAGCUGAAUCGGGUGUCGAAUAUUUCAACCGCGAUCGACGAAGAUGGGGAUAUYCUCCAACAAACAAUGGACCACCACAAAUCGUUGAAUACCAAGAACGCCCAGCAAGCUCUGACGGCACUGCAACGGGCACAGGCGCAUGAACAAAGGGUUUUGAAUGCCUCGAUUUUUGUAUUCGGGACCGUCGUGUUCUACAUCAUGUGGAGUCGCGUUCUAAUAAAAUUCGAUUUUAUAUCUGUUGUACUCGAUUGGGUAGUUUAGAGGGUAUUGGAGAAUUAAUGGUUUGGCAUGGACCAAUUCCGAAGUCUACAAUAUAGCAUAUUAAAACAAAAUGGGAUUGAUUUCAUUUGAGAACUACUUUCAACAUCGUAGUUGACGACCAGUUUUCUUAGGAUCGUUCAUUGUACGAUUAAUGUUCGAAGUUGUCUUUCAAAAAACAAAGUCCUUUGUUUACUCCAAGGUUUCGUAUUUCGGAUAUUUGACUCCGGGGUAAUCCGAGUCGUAUUGAUUGGUAGGCAUUCCCAAGGCUCGUCGAAGGGGGACAACCGUUACUGGCAAAGUGACUCCGACCGUAAAUAGAAAGCAAGACAUUGCAGGAAUUGGGUGGCGAUGGAUGAAUCCUCUGGCCCAUCCUUUCGGCAUGGAGCCUUGGAGAAUUCCAACACAGCCAACAAGAGUUGACAGCACCCCGAUUUCGUGACCUUCCCACCGUACCAUUAUUUCGUUUAUCGAUAUGGACAGAAACCUGAACAAGCUGUGCAMUUAAAUAGAACCGAACAAAAGAU